AUGCGGUCCCUUGCGCGGCCACCGAGGCCGCCCAAGCCCCUGCCCCCGCUCGCCGCCUUCGUCCAGUCCAUGGGGUACGUGGAGGUGAAGAUGCGGUGGAAGAAGGACGCGUCCUUCGAUGCCGUCCCGGUGCUCGCGCACGCGCGGGACCUCCGCCCGCUCGCCUCCCUCGCGCGCCUCCUCUCCCCGUCGCCGACCCCCGUCUCCGCGGUCUCCAAGCUCCGCCGCUCGCUCGAGACCUCCGACCGCCGCGUCGCCUCCUUCCUGCGCCGCUUCCCCGCGGCCUUCGUCGAGUCCGUCGGGCCCGAGCACAACCACCCCUGGUUCCGCCUCUCGCCCUCCGCCGCGCGCCUCCAGCGGGAGGAGCGGGACGUCUUCGCCGCCCGCCGCGCCGACAUCACCUCCCGCCUUCGCCGCCUCAUUCUCAUGUCCCCGGCCCGCCGCCUCCCGCUCACCGUCGCGCAGGGCAUGCUCUGGCUCCUCGGCAUCCCGGAAGACUACUUCAAGCGCCCGGAUUUCGACAUUGGGCAAGAUGGAUUCAGGAUUCUGACCACCGGAGAUGCUGUAUUUUCCGAGGAUGAGAACCAUGGGAAGGAGCUGGGGCUCAUCGACGAUGGGAAAGAUCAAGAAAUGCCACUGUCGGUGCUUCAAAUGGGUGCCAUACGGAGGUUCGGAUCGGCAGAGGAGGUGCCCUUCCCGCUGUUCCCGUCCAAGGGUCUUCGGCUGAAGCGGAAGAUUGGAGACUGGAUGGAGGGAUUCCAGAAGCUGCCUUAUAUCUCUCCCUAUGAGGAUUUCAGCAACAUCCAUCGGGGUAGCGAUGUUUCAGAGAAGCGGGCGGUUGGGGUGCUCCACGAGCUGUUCAGUCUGUUUGUGACAUGCUCUGCCGAGAGGCGACGGUUACUCUGCCUCAGGACACACCUGGGGCUGUCACAGAAGUUUCAUCUGGUGUUUGAGCGGCACCCGCAUAUAUUCUACUUACUGUUGAAGGAGAAAACGUGCUUUGUUGUCCUCAAAGAGGCAUACAUGGCUGGGGGACACACAUCAAUUGAGGAGCAUCCCAUGCUGGAGGUGCGGAGCAAGUAUGCCAGGUUGAUGCAGGAGUCACAGGAGAUCAUAAGGCGCCGGCGAAGCGGGAAGCCGGUACAGUUGGAUCCUGAGGAUCAAGAGAGUGAGGAUUCGAAGGGUUUUUGCAACAAGAAUGAGGGGGCUUUACCCUUGGAAGCAGCAAAUUUGCAUGCAAAUAAAGGAGUUGUGCGCCUAUGCAAAGGGGAAAGCAGGAUCUCCUUUUCAGGUUGUUCAUGCAGCACAAGCAAUCUCACAUUGCUUAUCCCCUGA